CAUACUCUCUACACCACUCAUAAGCUUACAGCGCACUGUAAAGUUCGCCUGCGCUGCAAGCAGAACCGCCUAUACCAAACGUCACAUGUAAAGGAUGCCUAGGUAUUGUCGGAACUUGGAUGAAAGCACCCGAGCUGAGUUGCGGAGCGGCUAAACGGCCAAUUGUAACCGGGUGGGCUUCUUGAGGCUUUCUAGAGCAUGGAUACAGACGAAUCAGUAUCCGCAUUUGUCAAUGUUCUCAGCGUAAAGCCGGCCCAGCGAAGCGCAGAGGAUGUUGAGCAGCUGGUCGCGUUGCUCGAGGAGCACCCCUUCUUCGCGGGCGCGGAGUUCCCCAACCUGAAAGUCCUAGCGGGCUACCUCACGCUGCAACGUGCUGCCCCGGGCGAGACGCUGCUGCACCAUGGCGAGCUCACAGAUCGCCUGUACCUGCUGCUGUCGGGCCGUUGCUCGCUGGUGCGGCAGUCGCGGCGGGAGGGCUACCAGCCGCUCGGCGAGGAGGUGCAGCCGGGGCAGGCGCUGGCGGCGGCGUCGCUUGUGCUGUCCGGCCGCCCGUCUGACGUCAGCGUCAGGGUCAGCACGGAAUCGGCGUCGGCGGCUGGCGGCGCUGGCGGCGGCGGCGCUGGCGGCGGCGGCGCUGGCGGCGGCGGCGCUGGCGGCGGCGGCGCGGCGUUCGCGGUCAUAACGCGCACGUCGUUCAGCAACCUGUGCGCACGUGCGCCGUCGCAGCCCGAGUGUGCGGAGGCCCGGCUGGCGCUGCUGUGCUGCAUCGCCCGCUCGCUGGCCGCCACGGAGCCGGCCCGCCGCACGCCCGAGCAGGCGGAGGACCUGGCGGCGGUGCUGCGGCAGCUGCCGGGUCUCAGCUCGGCCGCUCCCCCGGUGAUCAAGGCGCUGUCCGAGGCGGCUGCGCUGCGGCGUCUGCCUGCCGGCACCAUCCUGUACGAGGAGCACACGCGCGCGGAGAGCCAGUUCGUGGUGCUGGCGGGGGCGGUGCAGGAGCGCAUCCGGCCACGUCGUGACGGCGCCGCCAACCGCGCCGCACUGCGCUCGGCACUCAAGAGCGCGGCGGCGGCCAGCCGAGCCAAGAGCGCAGGCCGGCUGAGGCCGGGAGGGGCCGCGGCGGCGGCGGCGGCGGCGGACACACGGACCGUGAAGCAGAAGAUUGAGGACGAGCGCAAGUCCCGUGAGGCCAUCAAGCAGUCUCUGGCCCUGCAGCGCGAGGGGCUGCGCUCGCCGCCUCGUCAGCAGGCCAGCAUGAGGCCGGUGCGCGCCAAGGCCGUGGAGGACGAGUUCAAGAAGUGGAUGCUGGAGUUCCUGAACCGGAAACGCGGCGACACCGGCGGCCCCGCGCCCAGCGUCGCGCCGCCGCCGCUGUCCCAGUCCGGCGGCGCCGGCGGCGGCGCGGCGCCCGCCGCCAAGGCUGUGAGUGCCUGGAAGCGGGCGGCGUACGUGGCCACACACACGGCCUCGGGGGAGGCGGCGGCGGGCCAGGGUGGCGGCGGCGGCGGCGGCGGCGGCGGGCUGGACGAGCAUCAGGACGCCAUGCUGCAGGAGUACGAGCGGCGGAAGAUGGAGGAAGCUGGCGGCGUCAAGGACAUGGGCAGCCUGCUGGGCGGCGCCGCCGCCGCCAGCGCCUACGAACGCGGCAUCCGACACGGCGCCGGCUCGUACAACAACCUCGAUGAGGCUGAGGCGCGCGAGGACGGCGAGCACGUGCGCUUCGGCGGCGCCACAGCGUCCGCCUGUGGCGCCGCCGACGCCGGCAAGGCGCUUGCGCACGACGAGGAUCUGGAUGAGGUGCACGUGCAGGAGGACCGGGAGGAGGAGGAGCCGUGGGUGCGGCUGACCUACCUGGACCGCCACUUCCGCAUCCGGACCAAGCCCAUCAGGUACAUCGACGCCGUGGAGCGAGUGAUGGGCCUGGCGGACCGCAGCCCCUCGCCCGACCGAGCCGCCGCCGCCGCUGCCGCCGCCGCCGCCGCCACCCAAGCCGCGGGGACAGGCGCCAGCCCCCGAACCGGCGCCGCUGACGGCGCACAGCUCGUGCUCGACGAGGGAUCCGGCGCAGCCGCCGACGUCGACGGCGACGCCGGCGGCGCCGACGGUGCUGACGUCGACGACGAGUUCUUUGACGCUGAUGACGCCUCUCCGCGCCCGUCGCCGGGCCGCGGCAAGGGCGCCGCCGCCGCCGCCGCCGCCGCGGCGGCGGCGGCGGCGGCGCCUGACGGCUCAGAGGAUGCGGAGGCUGCGGAGGAGGAGCACCUGGAGCAGCUGUACGGCCCCGUGUCGGGCCGCGUGGAGCCGGGCGCGUUGGCGGGCGAGCUGCCGCUGGCGGCAUUGGACCGGGCGCUCAAGCCGGCGCAGCGGCCCAAGCGCGCGCACUCGGCGGUGGCGGGCAUGGACGGCGUGGACGUGUUGCUGGUGACGGCCCGGGCGCUUCGUCGCGGCGCGGAGGCUGUCCGCAGCGACCUGGUGGCUGAGCGGCUGGCGGUGUUGGGGGCGCUGGAGCCGCUGAGGGGGCUGAGCGAGGAGCACCAGGCGGCGGUGGCGCUGGGGGCGGCGGUUAUUUCGGUGGACUCCAACGCGCUGGUGGUGCGGCAGGGCCAGGCGGUGGACGCGCUGUACGUGGUGCUGGAGGGCGAAGUGCGCCUGCUCGACGACUCUGACGCCUUUGGCGGCUCGGCCGGCGGCGCAGCCGCCUCCGCCUCCACCACCGGCAGCGCACCGGAGCGCUCCGCUUCCUCCGCCUUGACACCGCUGGCGCCGCUGCCCCCGGAGGGGUUGCCCCGCAAUGGAGCUGUCGGCGGCGGCGGCACAGCAGGCGGCGGCGGCAGCGGCGGCGGCGGCGGCUCCAGCAGUGUUGGUGGCGGUGCGCAGCUCACGUCCAUCAAGGCCCGGCGCGCGGCGGCGGCGCUGUCCACGUUGUCGCUGUUGGGGUCGGGCGGCUCGUUCGGGGAGAGCGUGCUGGGCUACCCGGCAGACCUGGCCAAGGCGCGUCGCGGCACCGCCGCAGCCCCCGCCGGCGGCGUGGGCCCUGCCGGGCACGAGGUGUUCCCCGCGGAUGACGACACGCCCUUCCCGCCCUCCGCCUUCCUGGCCACUGUGGUGGCGGCGCGGCCGACCCGCCUGCUGGUGCUCAGCAGGCAGCUGCUGGCGCGUUAUGGGUACUUGCGUUCUGCGCUGCCGCCGUUCGCAGAGGCGCGGCGGGAGGCGCUGCUGGCGCGGCGCGGGCAGCUGCGAGCGGGCCUGCUGCUGCCCUCCGCAGCCUCCUCCGCAAACCUGUCCGUGGCAACGCCCUCGCCGCCGGCCACCGGUCCGUCACCGCUGCCGGCGCUGCUGUCGCCGCAGCAUCCGCGGCCGCCCGCCGCCGUGCGGCCCCUGGACGUACUCGAGUCCAUGGGCUUCAGGGCCGUGAAGGGCCUCCGCACCGGAUCCAACGUUGGAUCCAUGGCGCCUGCGGUCCGGUCCUCGGGUGGAUCCUUCUCAGGCGUGCCGGGCCUCAUCAACGGCGGCUACGCCGCCGCCGCCGCCGCCAUCGUGGGCGGCGGCGGCGCCGGCGCCGGCGGCACGGUCAGUGGCAGCGGCACCCUGCUGCCCGCCGUUGGCGGCAGCGGCGGCGGCGGCGCUGGCGGCGGUGUUGCGUCUAGCGGCGGCUCGUUUAGCAUGGUAAUGGACCGGCAGCGAGAGCCGCACCGCAUCCUGCCGCUGGUCCGGCAGUGCAGCAGCCAUCUGCCCAGCGACAGCGCCAACUCGCCUAGCAGCGCCGCCGCCGCCGGCGCCGCCGCCGCCGCCGUCUCCGUCGCCGCCGCCAUCGGCGCCGGCGCCGGCGCCGGCGGCACGCUGGCGGCCGCGCCUGGCAGUGGCUCGAUGCUCCCUGCCUUCCCCGCCGGGCUGGCUAGCGCGGCGGGCAUGGCUGGGCCCGGCGGGCCCUUCAAGCCACGCGCCAUGCGCUCUUCCAUCACCGGCGCCGGGCCAUUCGUGGGCUCGGGCGGCGCCGUGAACGACGCCGCCGCCACCGCCGCGCUGUUGGGCACGCCGGCGCGGCUGCUGACGCGGCGGAGCAGCCUCAACGGCGUGGCCAGCGCGCCAGGUAGCGCCGGGGGCACGCCGCUGCCGAUAUCCGGCUACCUGGCGACGGGCGGCUGCGGCGGCGGCGGCGCCGCCGCCGCCGCCUUGACGUCCCCCAUUCGCGGCGCCGCUGGCAGCCGCAUGCAGGCCAUCACCAACGCCGCCGGCUCCAUAACCGCCGCCGCCGGCAUCCAACUGCCCUCUCCAUCGCUGCCGCGCAUUGGCGGCGGCGGCAGCGGCGGCGGCGGCGCCGCCGCCGCCGCCACUGCAUUGUCACCUGGCCCGACGGCGCCUGGCGGCGCCGCCAUGACCCGCCUGCGCGCUUCCAUUGCCGGCGACGGCUCACUGCUAGCGCGCAUGGAGCUGCCCGACGGCUUUGGCGGCGUCGGCGGCAGCGGCUGCGCCUCUCCAGCCGGCGGCGGUGCCGGCGGUGGACAUAGCGGGUCGGCGGCUCACCCGCUGGCAAUCCGGUGGGAGUCCAAGGCCGUGCGUGCGCCCAGCAUGCCCAGCGUGCCGGUGCUGCAGCCGCUGAGGCCGCAGGGAUGAGGGACAUUUGGGAGAGGCGCGAGGGCUGAGGGAUAAGGGCGGGUAGGUGGUGCGCGCGUGUGCGGGGAAGGGGAAGAGGCAGCAGCGCCCAGACAGGAUGCCCGCGGCUGUGGGUGGGAGCGCGGUGCCGUUGCCAGGGUUCUAGCAGUGCUGGCGCGUCGCGGUCAGCAGGGUUGGCAGGGUAUGGGUAUGGGGCGCGUGCGUGUAUUGCGGCGGGCGGCCUGUCGUGUCUGCCGAGCUUGGAUUUCCGUCCAUCUGUCGCAGCUGUGUGCAUACCGUAUGUGUGGCGUCCGUUGGUUGUGCUGGACUGAGUGCUUCCACGUGUGUGAGCAACUGCGACGUACGGCAUUUACCCAUGUGCAUACCGAUCACUGAGGGCGCGCGUCACGCCAUGUUGGUGGCGCGCGCCUGCGACUUCAUGGCGUCGGAAAGAUGUUGUUGUUGUGGAUGUUGAUUGUUCAUACGCGGCAUGCGGCUGUGCGCGCCUGCGCGUUGCAUGAGGCACCACGGCAAUUGGGUGGCGUGCGCUUUCGCAGCCUUCUCCUCACGUGCGCUGCGGGGCCUCCCGUUCGUAGGGUCAUCAAGGUGAAUUGAAUGCCGAUCGACGAAGACUCAGCAACACGCAUGCGUACAUAGAACUCUUACGGGGUCACUUCUAUCAUGACUUUGUCGACUUGAACAUGGCUCUUAAAGCAACUCAGCAGAGGCGGGAGGACUAUGCGCGGGCACAGGGCAGGCGUUGCGACGGAUGUUUGAAUGCGGAUGGGAGGUGGCCGGGCCGUGGAGCUCAAAUGUGGAUGAAGGGGAUGAAAUAGAGCACGAGCAGCAGUUCACAGGUCGAGGCAAAGCGGGGGCCUGACAUGGCACUCCUAGGUGUGUGGUACAGGUAAGAUGGGCGCAUCUUCCGUUCCCGUAAUGCACGGACACACACGCACACACCAGCAGUUCUCCGACUUGAUAGUGACAGGCGUUCUGUUCGAGGCCGUGUCCAUGGGCUGUGUUAACUGUUAAGGUGUUGUCA